UUUCCCCACGUAUCGCACGACCGCUGCAGAGCACUCAUCGCAGGAACACCGCCAGAGCUACACAGUGACCGACAGAUUUCGCAUUUCGGCCAAACCAGGAAAGGUGUACAUGGCCCACGAAAUGACAUAUUCCUGUACGCCUGGAUGCACUCCACACCGUGCUGCUGCCUUAUUGAAGCUUGAUGACACGCCUAACUGUAAAAUUACUAUGGGAUUUACACCUGUCGGAGGCCGCUGCUCACAGUACAAGUCAUACCUUUCCUCGGGCAGCUCUGCAACAGCGAUAACGCAUCGUCUUAUGCACUGGGUAAUCUACUGCGAGUUCAACGACGGUAAAUCCUUCGAAAUCGAAGCGCUGGAAGUCCAGGGCAAUCUCACGCCUUAUAUGAGACCUGUUGGGAGAGUAAAGCUUCCGCGUGACAAGGUUUGUCUAGGAGUCCACAAACGGAGUUUCGAUGAUGUCUCGAAGGCCUUUCAUGCCUUAAGCUUCAUCGAAAAGUAUCAUGUUGUAGAGAACAACUGCCAGACGUGGGUAGUGGCUCUCCUUGAAGAACUUAAGCUUCCGCUUCCCGAAGAAGUUAGGACAAUAGCCAAGACGAUUCAGGAGAUAUUCUCUCGCAACGGCAAAGGAAAAGGAUACGACUUUGUUGUACAAAAAGUUCGAAGUUCUUAUGAAUGUUUAAUGAGGCACCGCGAAGAAAGUGCUCCAGAAGAGAUGAAAGAGGACUACACCAGUGUUGAGGACGACAACAGGAAUAAUGAGAGCAGAAUUUGCCUUCUCGAUCUGGCUCCGCCUGAACAGAGAUAGGGAAAGGAUGCAAAGAAACGCAAGGAGGCCAAGGAGGGGCAAUUCCGGUUGGCUAUCUUGCACGGGCACAAGGAGUAAGGGGAUAGAAAAAGAAAGAAAGCAGUAGCGGGAGCAAGAAAGAUAGCAUACCCAUGAAUUCUGGACAUGCGCUCAGUUCCCGUUUUCGGCACCACCAGACCUAUCGACCUUAAUGUCUUGAAAUUCGCGCUAACACGUAUGCCAUGACAUACAACUAAAGAAAACACAAUAAAAUGAAGCACGCCCUGAAACUGUUGCUUCACCUCGGUACUUGAAAACGAGCGCGCUUAUGCAUCAGCCUUAUCUUGAAGACGACCUGCUACUUGCUCGACUGGAAAUGAAUCGACGGUUUUGCGAGAGACUUCGGCCAGACAGCUCGUCGGCAUUCCAGAUGAGAUGUCUGGCCGAAAUGACGGCUACCGCAAAGCUUCCGGUGGGUUUCCUUUCUUAACAGUUUUUUCAUAUUAUUUGUGCAUUGCUGCCGCCGCGGGCUUGCGUAUAGUCAGCGUUAUGUUUCGUGGAUUUCCUAUUGAAGCGGUGUGAUGUAUUAAGAGGAAGCUUUAGCUCGGGUCUAUCUUCGAUGCCGGCUCCUCAGAUCCAUGUAAAACGCAUGAAUAAUUUUAUGAGUAAACCGCUCAGCUGAUCUGAAUGAGAAUUGUUGCAUUUAAUGGAGAAAGGUAAAUAACAGUGAUUGGCGCAAUAAUUUGGUUUAGGUCAUGGCAGUAUUGACAAGAAUUGUCACAAAUCGGUAAAUCUGAAAAAAAAAAAGUGCGAAGUUUACAAAUCCGUUAGUUAGCAUCGAAAACAGAUAUCGCUUCUCUAUAAACUGCAUCCCUUGGAGCAUCUCAAUCGAACAAAUUUGAGGUGUAAAUUUAUGACUAAGUAAAAUCUUUACAAUUCUUGUAAA